UUGCUAGAUAGUUUUGGUGCAGAACAAAUGAGAUUCAUAUUCGUCUAUGUAAAUAGAAUAUAUUCCGUGACUAAUCAUUUAUAUUUUAAAAAAAUUUGCGGCAUAAAAAUUAAUCAUUAUAAUAAAUAUCUUGAUUUUCACAAAAUAUAACUUUAAGAAAAAAAUCUCAUCUAUUACAUGUUAAAUUUAAAUUAAAUUAGAAAGGACCAACAAUUGAUUGCUCAUAUAAAUAUCUUAUUUUUAAGAGGAAAUUUCUUACCAUGAUCUUUUCAGAUUUUUUUUUUUUCGAUUCGGAUUCCAUCUUUCCUAAUAAAAGUUGAAGUAAAAUUAUUCGCUGUUGACGUGGAUCCUUCUUGAUAUUUUUAUUGAUACAAAAAGCAAGAGGCUCGUUGUCACCCGUGCGAAGGGAAAAGCCACUGACAUGACAGCAUCCAUGAAAGAAGACAAAUUAAAUUAUGACUUACAGCUCCUUUACGCCAAAAUUGACAAAUUUAGAGGCGUGAAGUACAAAAACAGGCGGACCAUUCAUUGGUCCCCUUUCUUAAAUAAAUGCUGUUCUUCUUUAUUUUUCUUUCCAUACAUUGUUCUUAAAUCAAUGGCUGAGCAGUAUAUAGUUGGAGUUGCAGGUGUUAUAGCCUUUCUUUUAGGGUUUGUUUUCUUAGUGAGAUCUUGGGGGCUGAGCAAGCUGAAAAGAGCAGCUUCAAUGGAAUUCCCAAAGGAAAGCUGUGUAAACAAAAAUGGAAAUGGUGAGGGUGAGGGUGAGGGUGUUGGCACUACGGAAAUUAUCAUAGUCGGUGCUGGUGUUGCCGGUGCUGCUCUUGCCUAUUCUCUUGGAAAGGAUGGGCGUCGAGUGCGAGUGAUAGAAAGAGACUUAAAUGCACCUAAUAGAAUUGCUGGGGAAGGUUUAAUGCCAGGAGGCUACCUCAAGUUAAUUGAAUUAGGCCUCGGAGAUUGUGUAGAUGAGAUUGAUGCUCAACAAAUUUUAGGUUAUACUUUAUACAAGGAUGGGAAGGAUGCCCCCAUAUCUUUUCCUUUGGAAAAGUUUCAAUCGCAUGUGUCUGCAAAAAACUUUCAUAAUGGUCGUUUCGUUCAAAGGUUGCGGAAGAAAGCUGCAUCUCUUCAUAAUGUAAGUUUAGAACAAGGGACAGUAACAUCUCUACUUGAAGAAAAUGGCAUUAUUAAAGGAGUACACUAUAAAGAUAAAAGUGGUCAAAUGCUAACAGCUUCUGCUCCUCUUACCGUUGUCUGCGACGGUUGUUUUUCAAAUUUGAGACGUUCUCUCUGCAAUCCCAAGGUUGAUAUACCCUCUUAUUUUGUUGGUUUUCUUCUAACGAAUUGUAAACUUCCAAAUGAAAAAUACGGAGCUAUUAUAUUAGCAGAUCCUUCACCUAUCCUAUUUUAUCCCAUUAGUGGCACUGAAAUUCGUUGCUUGGUGGAUGUUCCAAGUCAAAAUCUACCCUCUGUUUCCAACGGUGAAAUGGCCCAUUACUUGAAAACUUUGGUGGCUCCCAAGGUUCUUCCUGAAGCAUACAAUUCCUUUAUAUCUGCAAUAGAGAAGAAGGACAACAUAAGAAUAAUGCCGAACAAAAUCAUGGCUGGUGUUCCACACCUCACUCCUGGUGCUUUUUUGAUCGGCGAUGCAUUCAAUACGCGGCAUGCUAUAACUGGAGGGGGAAUGACUGUUGCUUUAUCUGAUGUUGUGAUACUUAGGGAUCUUCUAAGACCCUUGCAUGAUCUAUCUGAUGCAUCCGCCAUUUGCAAAUAUCUCGAAUCCUUUUAUACUCUGAGGAAGCCAAUGUCAUCUACGAUAAAUACACUAGCCAAUGUCUUACACAAGGUAUUUAGUGCCUCGUCCGAUCCUGCGAUGGAGAAUAUGCAACAAACAUUGUUCGGGUAUUUGAAACUUGGAGGAUUUUUUUCAUCUGGAGUAUCAGCUAUGUUCUCUGGUUUAUGCCCUCGUCCAUUAAGCUUAGCAUUUCAUUUCUUUGUUAUGGCAAUGUAUGGUGUUGGCCAGUUGUUAUUUCCAUUUCCUUCUCCCAAACGCUUGUUGGAUGGGGCUAAACUCCUUUGGGUUGCAUCAAGUGUUUUUCUCCCCAUUAUACACUCUGAAGGAAUCAGACAAAUGUUUUUCCCUCUAACUGUGCCAGCAUAUUAUAGAACUCCCCCUAAGGGAAAAAAAAUCUAAGAGGAAACUCCAUGCAUUUGUAGUGAACAAUUCUAUAUUAAUUCGCAAUAGAUUUUCAUACUUUUUUCUACUUAGCAUUCUCAAGUAGGCUUGAUGGUCGUUUGUACUCAUAUUAUUGUUAUGUAAUUUCUAAAUAGACGUUUAGUAAUUCUUGUAUUGGUGUUAUUUUUAUGUAGCUUGUUUGAAAUAUUGAACUAA